AAUACGAUUCUCGUCUCUAUAAAAGAAAAUUAACAGAGAGAUCUUUGGUAUGGUUUGUUCGAUAUGGGGAGGGAGAUGAAGAAACGAGAUCAAGUGGAGGAGAUGAUGACAGUGCCCUGCAAUUUCUGCGAAUUCUCCUCCAGCAGCAGAUAUGGAUGCAUCUCUGAAGAAGAAAGUCUAGAUGAAGCAGCAGUGCAGCUCCGGAAAGAAGUCGAGAAAUUACGACUUUUGAUCAAGAGAAUGAAUGGUAAAGACGAAUGUGCUAGCUUCACCGAGCUGACAGAACUUAUAAGUCAUCUACGCAGUGUCCAGUGCAUUGUACUGAGCCAACAAGAGAAGGUAAAGAUAGAAGAAGUUGAAAGGCUGCGCAAUGAGAACAAGGAAGCUGAAGCUGAAGCUGAAGCUGGCCGUGCAAGGAGAGGGGUUUUGGUACCCUGCAACUCCACUAUCGGCAGCUCUAAAGAAAAUCAGGAGAAACAAAGCCAUGGAUCACAUCUGCUGAGAAUGAAGAGAAAUUUUGAGAGGCGAAACGCUGAAUCCUUUCAGAGCGAGUUUGAUAGAUUGUGGCUUUUGAACGAGAGGAUGAAUGGUAGAAAGCUUCAGGGUAUGACUUCCAUUGACCUGGCCUACCUUCACUCAAACAUAUCAUGUGCUUUGGUGGCUUUGAUGGGCCAAACUUCGGGACCAAGAAUGGAACAAAUGGCCAUGCAGCACCAAGAGGUACCAAUCUCUAGGUUGGCUGAGCGCAAGAGAUGUUCAUCCACUCCCUUGCAGUUUAGACUUCUUCUCGUCUCAAGAAAGCUCAGAAGAUUCCACUACUAAGAGGAGAGCAAGCAGCCAAUCCCCCUUCUUAGUUUUAAUAAUAUUUUAUCUUUUAUGUAACUGUCUGAUCAAACCUAGACAAUCUCAGGGUUACAUUUUUUUUUUUAUUAUGUACUGUCUGAUCAAAAUAUUAACUAUAAUAUCUGAUUAGAGUUAAUAAUUCAUUUUGAUAAUGUAACUUAUCAGAUUUCAUA